CUCGGCGCCGGAGCCAUGUCGAUGCUGCCGUCUUUCGGCUUCACGCAGGAGCAAGUGGCGUGCGUCUGCGAGGUCUUGCAGCAGGGCGGCAACCUGGAGCGGCUGGGCAGGUUCCUCUGGUCGCUGCCCGCCUGCGACCACUUGCACAAGAACGAGAGCGUCCUGAAAGCCAAGGCGGUGGUGGCCUUUCACCGGGGCAACUUCCGCGAGCUCUACAAGAUCCUGGAGAGUCACCAGUUCUCGCCGCACAACCACCCCAAGCUCCAGCAGCUCUGGCUCAAGGCGCACUACGUAGAGGCCGAGAAGCUGCGGGGCCGGCCGCUGGGCGCCGUCGGCAAGUACCGCGUGCGGCGGAAAUUCCCUUUGCCCAGGACCAUCUGGGACGGGGAGGAGACCAGCUACUGCUUCAAGGAGAAGUCCCGGGGCGUCCUGCGGGAGUGGUACGCGCACAAUCCUUACCCGUCGCCCCGGGAGAAGAGGGAGUUGGCCGAAGCCACGGGCCUCACCACCACCCAGGUUAGCAACUGGUUUAAAAACCGGAGGCAGCGAGACCGAGCGGCGGAGGCGAAAGAGAGAGAAAACACUGAAAACAACAAUACAUCUACCAACAAACAGAACCAGCUGUCUCCUCUGGAUGGGGCCAAGCCACUCAUCUCCAGUUCCGAAGAGGAGUUUUCGCCUCCCCAAAGUCCAGAUCAGAACUCCAUUCUCCUGCUCCAGGGCAACCUGAGCCAUGCCAGGAACUCCAGCUAUUCUUUGACCGGCUUAACUGCCUCACAGCCAGCCCACGGCCUCCAGCCUCACCAACAUCAGCUGCAGGAAUCCCUCCUAGGCCCUCUCACUUCCAGUUUGGUGGACCUGGGCUCAUGA